AUGUUUUCUUGUUUUUUAUGUACUUUUAGUAAUUUAGCGUUAGGUAAAUUUUUGAAACAUUUACGACAGGUGCAUGCUUUGUACGAUAACGAAAAAUUAAGAUUAAAAUGCUUUAGUUGUACCAACAUAUAUGAAACUUUUAGUGGAUAUAGGAGACACAUUCAAAAAUGUAACACACACAAAAUUAAUAAGGAUCGUUCUUCAAUCUCUAAUGUUGUAAAACCUCAAACUGAGUUAAUAUGUGCAUCUACUAACGAACAUUUUGAUUUUGGAUGUAACCUAACAUCAAAUACUAAUCAGAAAUCGUUAAGUGAUUACUGUGCGUCAUAUGUUUCGAGUUUAUACUCUCUGGGUUUACCAGACUCGACCAUUCAAAAUAUCCUAGAAAUGAAUGAAAAAUUACUAAAAAUAAUUUCGGAUACACGAAUCAGUAGCACCAUAGCUGUUCAGAAUGCAUUUUCAGAUAUUAACACAAAAUAUAAAAGAGAAUUGUAUUUUAAAAAACAUAUAGUUGAACCUAUUGAAAUUCCAAUAGGCAUAAGAUACGACCAAAUAUGGAAUAAGGAAAAGUUUGUCUACGAACAAAUCCUGAUGUCAUGUCAUUUUAUGUAUGUUCCAAUUUUAAAAACAUUACAAUUCCUUUUAAAAAAUGACUCUUUUCGAAAAUUAUUAUUUCAAAAACCCAAAGAAAGUCACCCCAACAUUCUUUCUGAAUUUUCACAUGGAAGUAUUUUCCGAAAGAGUGCAUUUUUUAAAGAAAACCCUCAUGCGUUUCAGCUGCAGCUCUACUUCGAUGAAUUUGAUACGGUAAAUCCAUUAGGAUCCAAAACGGGAGGACACAAAAUUGGAGCAAUUUACAUGAUGAUAAAGAACUUACCCGCUCAGUUAAAUUCAGUUUUGGAGAAUAUUCAUUUAGUUGCUUUAUUCUAUGCCAAUGACAUAAAGAAAUUUGGCAUGAACUCAGUUCUAGAUAUCAUUGUUAAAGAUAUUAAAAUUUUAGAAGAGCAAGGAGUUUAUGAUGACGUUGCAAAGACAUUUUUAAAAGGCACAGUUGUCUCACUUAGUCAUGACAAUCUGGGUGCUAAUCAAAUUUUUGGCAUGGUAGAAUCUUUUUCCUCGACUAACUAUUGCCGCAUUUGCAUUGCUAAUAAAACAGACGCACAAAGUAGAGCCAUUCAAGAUGAAAGUUUAUUAAGAAGUGAUUUUAUGUAUGAACAACAUUGUAGAUCGCUAAAACAGGAAACCGAUCUUUCGAAAAGAUCUAAUAAUACGGUCUGUGGCAUUAAAUUCCGAAGUUCCUUAAAUAAUCUUACUCAAUUUAAGUUAUGUAAUAAUCAGUCUGUAGACAUUAUGCAUGACUUAUUAGAAGGUGUUAUACAACUGGAACUUAAAUUAUUUUUCAAAUUUCUUAUUUCAGAAAAAAUCAUAACCCUCGAAGAUAUUAAUGACAGAAUAAAAUCUUUCAAUUUUGGACAUAAUUAUCAGUGUACUAAACCAAGCCCCAUAAGUCUUGAUAAACUAGGUAAUUCAAUAGGCCAACGUGCCGCACAGACUUUCUGUUUAUUGAAGUUCAUACCUUUAAUUUUAUCGGAUAAAAUACUAUCGUUAUCCGAACAACACCAGAGAAAAUACCAAGUUAUUCAAUUAAUUCUAAAAAUUGUUAACAUAGUAUUUUCUACAGUGAAUACAAAAGCAAGUGUUUCUGAACUAAAGGAAUUAAUUAGGCAACAUCAUGAAUUAGUUAUAAAAGAGUACAAUAUUAAUUUAACACCCAAACAUCAUUUCAUGAUACAUUAUCCUUACAUAAUCUUAAAAAUGGGACCUCUAAUAGGCUUGUGUUGCAUGCGUUUUGAAGCUAAACAUGGAUAUUUUAAAAAUCUCGUGACCAAGUUAAAAAACUACAAAUCUUUAUGCAAAACUCUGAGCUUUCGACAUCAGGAGCACAUAUGGCACCAAUGGAACAACAUAAAUUUAGGUUAUCAACCAUUAUACGGAAAAUGCAGUCAAAUUAAUUACAAAAAUAAAUUAUAUUCUGUUUCAUUAAAACAUUUUGUUGAUUCAAUACUUGGUGUUGAAGACAAUUAUUCCGUAACUGUUACAAAUUCGGUAACUGCCUUCAGUACUUUCUUCCAAAAGAAAAUGUUUGUUACAUUAGAACACGAUGAAAAAUACCCACUUUUUUCCGAGAUAAUUGAGUUACUUAUUAUUAAUAAUAGUCCAUAUUUAAUUUGUACGACUUGGGAUACAAUUACAUUUAACGAGAUUUAUCAAGCUUACAUUAUACGCAGCCCUAAUAACACAAUAUUUGAAAUUGUUGACUUGAAAAGUGUAAAUCACUUUGUCUCAUAUGAGUUACAUCAUCCUUUUGGUAGCAAUAUUAAUGCAAUUGUUCCUAAGUAUUCUAUAUUAUCAUAAAUGUAAAUGUACAAUAAUUUGUUAUC